CGAGCGCACGACUCGUCUGAUUUAUAUAUCACUGCGGAGAGCUCACCGAGCUCUAGGAAGAUCAGUUCAUUCAACUGACUGGCCUUUCCGCGCGACUGCUCUCUUCAACCCUCGUCUCCUCAACUUACGAUCUUCCCCUCACUCGCGACAAUUCCAGGCUCACAUCAAACCGCCAGCAAAAACACAGUCAAGAUGGGCAAGCCAAUUGUUCUCCAGCUCGGCGACGACAUCAAGUGGAACCAUGACCUCAACAAGGAGUUCACCUCCAAGUUCGACAUCCGCCGGUCAUACAGCAUGCCGCGCGCCGAGUUCAUCCAAGCACUAAAGGACAAGAAGUUUGGCGACUUCUUCGCCAUCUACCGCCCCUUCUGGAACACGGGAGGCGAGAUGGGCAACUGGGACAAGGAAUUGAUCUCGCUUCUGCCAUCGUCAUGCAAGGUGUACGCCAGCGCUGGGGCUGGAUUCGACUGGGUUGACACAGAGACUCUCGCAAGCAGAGGCAUCGUCUACUGCAACGCCGCCGCAGCAUGCACAGAAUCCGUCGCCGACGGCGCAAUCUGGCUCAUCCUCUCCACCUUCCGCCUCUUCUCCUGGUCCUCCACCGCCGCCCGCUCAGGCGACCCAGACCAGUUCGUCGACGCCAACAAGAACCUCGGCGCCGUCUCGCGCAACCCCAACGGCUUCAGCCUGGGCAUCAUCGGCUUCGGCAAGAUCGGCCGCCGCAUCGCCGAAAAGGCUCACAAGUCCUUUGACAUGAAGAUCCUCUACAACGACGUCGUCCGCAUGCCCGCCGACCUCGAGAAGUCUUCGAAUGCGACGUACAUCAAGAACCUCGACGAACUGCUUGCCACGGCUGAUUGUGUGUUGACGGCGACGCCGUUUGCGGGCAAGACGCUCUUGGACGCCGCUGCGAUUGCCAAGAUGAAGAAAGGCGCCAAGCUCAUCAACAUUGCGCGUGGAAAGCUGAUCGAGGAGGAGCCGCUCGUUGCCGCGCUCAAGAGCGGGCAUCUCUCGGCUGUUGGCCUGGACGUGCACUACAAUGAGCCUCACGUGAACAAGGAGCUGAUCAAGAUGAAGAACGUUGAGGUUCUGUCGCACAACGCCGGUGCUUCUCUGGAUGCUCAUAUGGGUUUUGAGAGGCUUGGUAUGGAGAACAUUCUCUCCUUUGCGAGCACUGGCAAGGCCGUCACGCCUGUCAAUGUCCACCUGAUCAACAAGAGCCGUCUGUAACGAGGAUACGAAGUUAUGAAAAGGGGAUCUGGAUUGUAGUUACAACAACGGAAAACUUAGGAGUUACAUACUGGAUUGCUUGGGUAAAUUGAAGUUCUGUUUCAAAUCCCUCGGGACACUCACUGCCUGGCACACUUUUGAACGAGUUGAAGAAGCACCGCUCAAAUGCCGGAGGUUGAGCUUAAGUGUUGUUAAGUGGUCUGAACCGGAGGUUAUCAGAAUGAAAUCUAAGAGAGCGAAGAAGAGCCACGCACUGUUGACCACCAUUGACG